AUGGCGACGCCAUUUUCCGGUGUGGACGGAGGCGCUGGCGGCGUAGCGGUAAUGGCAGGUCCACUGAACCCAAUCGAUCCUUCGACGCCGUCCAAGUCUUGCCUCAAGAAUUCCGUACUCAAGUCCCCCAUACUCAUAUUCCUCUUCUUCCACAAAGCUAUCCGCUCGGAGCUCGACGGCCUCCACCGCGCCGCCAUGGAUUUAGCCACCAGUGGCGGAGAUAUUAAACCUCUGCUGGACAAGUAUCACUUCCUCCGUGGAAUUUACAAGCACCACUGCAAUGCUGAGGAUGAGGUCAUCUUUCCGGCCCUUGAUAUACGUGUGAAGAAUGUCGCUCGGACUUACUCCCUAGAACAUGAGGGGGAGAGUGUUCUCUUCGAUCAGUUAUUUGAGCUACUGAAUUCGAGCAUACAAAAUGAAGAAAGCUACCGGAGAGAGUUAGCUUCUUGUACUGGUGCCAUACAAACAUCUAUAAGCCAGCAUAUGUCCAAGGAAGAAGAGCAGGUCUUCCCACUGCUAAUUGAGAAGUUUACAUUUGAAGAGCAGGCUUCACUUGUGUGGCAGUUUCUCUGCAGCAUUCCUAUUAAUAUGAUGGCUGAGUUUCUGCCAUGGCUUUCUUCUUCAGUGUCAUCUGAUGAACACCAAGAUAUGCGUAAGUGCCUAUCCAAGAUAAUACCCGACAAGAAGCUUCUUCAGCAGGUUAUUUUCACCUGGAUGGAGGGGAGAGAACCCACUAAUGUUUGCACGAGUCGUGAAGCCAUUUCAAUUUCCAAAACAUGGUCGCAUGAUUCAGAAUUACCAGAACCAAUUGUUACGACAGAGAUACAUUGCGCAUGCGAAUCAUCUGCAAAUGGUAAAAGGAAAUAUAUGGAGCUAAGUUCUAAUGUUGUUGGUUCAACCUUGCCUCAUCCCAUUGACGAAAUUUUGCUCUGGCAUAAUGCAAUUAAAAGAGAGUUGACUGACAUAAGUGAGGCAGCUAAGAAGGUACAACUAUCUGAAGACUCUUCUGAUCUCUCUGCCUUCAAUAAGAGACUACAAUUCAUUGCCGAAGUUUGUAUUUUUCACAGUAUUGCUGAGGACAAGGUUAUAUUCCCUGCCGUAGAUUCCGAACUCUCUUUUGCUCAGGAGCAUGCCGAAGAAGAAAUUCAAUUUGACAAACUCAGAUGCCUUAUUGAAAGCAUUCAAAAUGCUCGGGCCAACAUAUCACUCUCCGAGCUUUAUGGGAAGUUUUGUGCGCAAGCUGAUCACAUAAUGGACACCAUACAAAAACAUUUUAAAAAUGAGGAGGUUCAGGUUCUUCCUCUUGCUCGAAAGCAUUUUAGUGCUAGCAGACAGCGGGAGCUUCUUUACCAGAGCUUAUGUGUGAUGCCUCUGAAAUUAAUUGAAUGUGUUUUGCCAUGGUUGGUGGCAUCACUUACUGAACAGGAAGCAAGAUUGUUUCUCCAAAAUAUUUAUCUGGCAGCACCAGCUUCAGAUUCUGCAUUGGUGACUCUAUUUGCUGGUUGGGCAUGUAAAGGUCGUUCUGGAAAUUCUUGCUUGUCUUCAAGUCCCCUAGAUGGUUGUCCUGCAAGAACUAAGACCAAUGACCUUAGACAACCAUGCUGCAAUUGCAACACUGUUUCAUCACCAGAUCAGAAGCCAUUUAUUAAUGGCCAAAUAGAAAAGGUAGAGUGUGGAAGAAGACCAGUCAAGAGACCAAAUUCUGUUUCGCAUGGCGAGAAUGGUUCGUGCCUCUCUUCUGGGGCUACUGGUCAUCUGCACCAACCACCUGCAAAUAGCUCAUCCUGCUGUGUGCCGGCAUUAGGAGUCAAUAGCAGUAGUCUAGGAAUUAGUUCUCUUGCUGCAGCAAAAUCUCUUCGCUCUUUAUCUGUUAGUCCUUCUGCUCCCUCUCUUAAUUCUAGUCUCUUUAACUGGGAAAUAGAUGUAAGUCCCUCGGAUACUGGCUGUGCAUCUCGCCCUAUAGAUAACAUAUUUAAAUUUCACAAAGCCAUUCGCAAAGACUUGGAGUAUUUGGAUGUUGAAUCAGGGAAGUUAUGUGAUGACACUAGUGAACCCUUGCUUAGGCAGUUCACUGGUAGGUUUCGCUUGCUAUGGGGGCUAUACAGAGCACAUAGCAAUGCAGAAGAUGAUAUAGUAUUUCCAGCAUUGGAGUCUAAAGAGACGCUUCACAACGUUAGCCAUUCCUAUACGCUGGACCAUAAGCAGGAGGAGAAACUGUUUGAAGAUAUCUCAACCACACUAUCUGAGCUCACACACCUCCAUGCACACUUGAAGAGAAGCAGGCACCGUGAUAAUUUAUCAGGAAAUCUUUGUGGUGCUUCCGACUGUGAAGAGACAGUUAGGAAGUACAAUGAGCUUGCAACGAAGCUUCAAGGCAUGUGCAAAUCCAUAAGAGUAACACUGGAUCAGCAUGUUUUCCGAGAAGAACUGGAGUUGUGGCCAUUAUUUGAUAGACACUUUUCUGUUGAGGAGCAAGAUAAAAUUGUUGGUCGAAUUAUUGGUACUACUGGUGCUGAGGUGCUUCAGUCAAUGCUGCCAUGGGUAACAUCUGCUCUUACUCAGGAAGAGCAGAACAAAAUGAUGGAUACUUGGAAGCAGGCAACCAAAAACACAAUGUUUAGUGAGUGGCUAAAUGAAUGGUGGGAGGGAAAUUCAAAUUCUAAUGCCACUCCUCAUAUUACUACAUCAGAAAGCUGCAUAUCCCAGGGUGCUGAUAUCCAUGAAAGCGUAGAUUGCAGUGAUAACAAAUUUAAACCUGGCUGGAAAGACAUUUUCCGGAUGAAUCAGAAUGAGCUUGAAGCAGAAAUUCGGAAGGUUUCUCGGGAUUCAACUCUUGAUCCUAGAAGAAAAGCUUACCUAAUUCAGAAUCUUAUGACGAGUCGGUGGAUAGCAGCCCAGCAAAAGUCACUUCAGGCAGAAUCUUCAAAUAGUGAAAACUUGGAGUGCUCUCCUUCAUUUCGUGAUCCAGAUAAAAAGGUUUUUGGAUGUGAGCAUUACAAACGGAAUUGUAAGCUUCGCGCAGCUUGCUGUGGCAAGUUAUUUGCGUGCCAAUUCUGCCAUGAUAAAGUCAGCGACCAUUCUAUGGACAGGAAGGCGACAACCGAGAUGAUGUGCAUGAAAUGCCUGAAAGUUCAGCCUGCCGGACCUGUUUGUGUCACACCUUCCUGUGGCGGAUUCUCUAUGGCAAAGUAUUAUUGCAGCAUCUGCAAAUGUUAUGAUGAUGAUAGAAAUGUAUACCAUUGCCCAUUCUGCAAUCUAUGCCGUGUUGGGAAGGGCCUUGGUAUUGAUUUCUUCCAUUGCAUGAAGUGCAAUUACUGCCUUACCAUAAAGUUGGUAGACCAUAAAUGCCUGGAGAAGAGCCUGGAAACAAAUUGCCCAAUCUGUUGUGACUUUUUGUUCACAUCAAGCUUGAGUGUGAGAGGCCUUCCGUGUGGACAUUUCAUGCACUCGAGCUGCUUUCAGGCAUACACUUGCAGUCAUUACAUGUGUCCAAUUUGUAGCAAGUCAAUGGGAGAUAUGUCGGUUUAUUUUGGAAUGCUUGAUGCCCUAUUGGCUUCUGAGGUGCUACCUGAAGAAUACAGGGAUCGUUGUCAGGAUAUUCUGUGCAAUGACUGCGACAAGAAAGGAAGUGCACCGUUCCAUUGGCUUUACCACAAGUGUGGCUCCUGCGGCUCCUACAACACCAGGGUGAUUAGGACCGAUCCCAACUGCUCGGCCCCAAGUCAGAGACAGAGUGAGUGA